CUGCUCGACUCAACAAGUUGUCAGAGAUUAUUUUAUCUAACAGCUGUGUCUGCAGGUUUCUGCUUUGGUGGAAGAUGGCAAUGAUGGUUGUUUUGGCAGCAGUGCUUCUCACUUAUGGAGUCUCAACAGGAAUUGCAAUGGAGGCCGGUAAAUCUGGUGCUGUAGCUGGGAACAACAGUGUGCUUCCACUGGACAUGGCUGAAAACUCUGUUGACGACAUGUACUUUGGGUGCAAAAAACAAAUGAAGAAGAGGGUAACAAAAGACCUGGAGAAUGAGAAGAACAACAACCCAAACUUCACAAGGGUCUGGGACAGAUCAGAGAACGAAGUACACUGGCCAAUUUGGAAAAAAGUACUGACAAAAAACCAGGUUGUAGCUAUCCGUACUUACACUGACGAAGAUGUGUAUGGAGAUUUCAACGCUGCAGUUCGAACCCAGGGACCUUGGUACAACGACACAUUCGGGUAUCAUGCAUUUCACUUUCUCCUGACUACUGCCAUUCAAGAUAUAGGAGCCAAAAAGAAAAAACAAUGUCUCACUGGCUACCGUAAAGUUGACAAGUACUUUAGCGACAAUGUUGAAAACAAAUCAAUUCGCUUUGGCUCUUUCACCUCAGCCUCACAGCAUGAUUACCUCAAUGCAAAGAAAUUUGGAAACAAGUCAUGCUUUGAGAUUUUCACGUGCAUGGGAGCAGAUAUCUCCCGCUAUUCUAAAUUGAAAUAUGAAGCAGAAGUGCUGAUUCCUCCCUAUGAAGUCUUUAAAGUCGUAAAGAUAGAGAAGAGGUCAAUGCAGCCAGAUCUUCCAUGUGAGGUGGUCUAUAAAGUGAAUAGUACAGGCUAUGUUUCCAAGUUGAAUUGUGAUCUUUUUCCAAAGUAAACACUUUCACGUUUUACAUACAGUUAACAAAAAAUGUAAAAGUUAGGACGCACCAUUUUAAGUACUGCAAAUGAUCUGUAAUCAAGAUUAAUGUGAAUGUGGAUUUAUUUGUUAACAAUGACUUUGAAUUUCUUGACAAUCUCAAAUUGAGGUGUAGAUUUUCUACUGUGCAACAAGUGUUUAAGAGAAAUAAACACUAGCUGCAUAAAAAUGAACCCUUACAAUUGUGUCAUUGUUAAUCUGGAUCAGUAUGAAAAUGUUUAAAUGAAUAACAAGAAUUUAAAUGUUGUAAUACAUUGUAUUAUUGCCAAUAUCAUCUGUAUUUAAAUUGGAUGCAUAACCUGUCCUAUAUACAAAGUUACUGUAUGAAAACUGUCUAAAAAAUAAUUAAACACACUCGUGUUUCCCAA